AUGACAACCUUCAUCGGUUUCCUCUCCUCUCCCCUCUCCCCAACAAUAAACCACAUCGUCCCCUACAUCCUCACAAACUGGACACUCUCCUACCUCGUUCUCGCCUCACGCCAUUGGAAACAAUACUACGGAUUCGAUCACAAUGAAUCCCCCCGCUACGAUGUCCAAGAAUAUGGGGAACGAAUGGUGAAAGAGGGGAAAUUGACUAAGAGACAGUUGGAUAGGAUUAAGAGGGUACAGAGCGCGUCGAGUAAUAGUAUUGAACAUUUUGCGUUCUUUUUGGGGUGUAUUAUCUUAGCACAACAAGCAGGACUCCCCGUCCAAACAAUCAAUAAAUUCGGAUUAUCCUAUAAUCUAGCGAGAAUCGGAUAUGGAUUUGCUUAUACGUUCAUGGAAACGAGGAAUACGAGUGUAUUGAGGACGGCGUUUUGGUGGUUGGGGAAUGUUAGUUGUAUUGGGAUUUUGUUGAAGGCGGGGAGGGCGCUUAAUGAGGGGGUUUGA